CAUUUUUCUCAUUUCCAUGGGAGCCCUCCGUACAAAUUUUUUUCAUUUCAUUUCAUUUCCCAAAUUCUAUAAAUUUUACAGGUGAUAGAGAUCUCAGAUCUACUCAUUCCCAAAAGCGGUCCCAGAGGCUGGAAGCUCGCCCUUCGCCCCAAACUCCCAAGCCCUAAUCUUCUUAGGGUUUCGGCGACGAUCGCCAUUGAAAAUCGACGCCGAGCGAGGUUGUUUUACACUUGGCUAAGUCUUAUAAAAAUUAGAAGGAAAUGGAUCUAAAUACAAUAAAAGAUGCAUUUGACAGAGUUGCCAAGAAGCAAAAGCUGUCAUCUACUACGACCCAAGAUGUUGUUGACAAGGUUAUUCAAGAGAUUGAAUCUGUAGUGCGUAAAAUGCAGUCAAUUGAUGAUGAUGCUGAUUCCACCGAUCAGAAAGUGCUGUUCAGUGAGCUGAGGAGUAAACUGAAUGAGAUUGCUCCCAUGCAACAGCUUGAAGCAUCUCAGAAGGAGCUCCACAUUGGGCUUAGCAAGUACAGUAAAUUGCUCGAAAAGUAUUUCAAUCCAGACAUAUCAAAGGCAUAUCGACAUGUCGAUUUUGACAUUUCUACAUUAAAUCAGAUCAUAGCAACUCACUUUUACAGGCAAGGCCUUUUUGAUCUUGGAGACUGCUUGGUAAAUGAUGCUGCAGAUCCAUCAGCCGCUGAAGCUGUCGCUGCCUUGAAGUCAUCAUUCCUUGAUAUGUACAGAAUUCUUAACGCUAUGAAAACUGGAAAUCUUGAAGCUGCUCUGAGUUGGGCUGCUACGAAUAGCGAGCGACUAUUACAAAAUGAAUCAACCCUCGAACUAAAGCUUCACCAGCUGCAGUUUGUUGAGAUACUAAGGAAUGGAAGCAAGAACGAGGCUCUGACUUAUGCGAGGAAAUACUUAGCACCCUUUGCUUCUGUACACGAAGAUGAGAUCCAAAAGCUCAUGGGUUGUCUAUUAUGGGCGGGUCGGCUCGACCAGUCACCUUAUGCUAAUGAUGAAUCCAUAUCACAGACAUCAACUUACCGGAACAAGAUAACUGAAGAACUUACCCAGCAAUUCUGCAGUCUUUUAGGCCAGUCUAAUGAGAGUCCUCUGACCGUGGCGAUAACUGCUGGAGUUCAAGGAUUGCCGACAUUGCUGAAGCUUGCGACUGUGAUGGCUGCUACUAAGAAGCAAGAGUGGCAGACCAUGAAGCAACUUCCAGUGCCUGUAGAUCUUGGGAGAGAGUUUCAGUUCCAUUCAAUCUUUGUGUGCCCGGUUUUAAGAGAGCAAGGGAGCGAGGAGAAUCCACCGAUGCUGAUGCCCUGUGGGCAUGUGAUUUCGAAGCAGUCCAUUGUGAAGUUGUCGAAGAGCAGCAGCCGGCCUUUUAAAUGCCCGUACUGCCCUUUGGAAGCCAACGUUUCUCAAUGCAGGCAGAUUCACUUCUAAUGAAUGAAUUUACUGUAGGGGAUAUUUCAGUGCCUUUGCUGAGAUACACGUCAGUGCAAAUAUGUGAGCUCCUGAUGUUGUAGGUUUGUAAAGGAUUGUUUGUUUGUUGAACCCUCUUGAGACCAAUCAAACCCGGAGGUGAUACUCCUGAUGGUUUGGGAAGUGUAAAUGUUUGCUGCUUAUGUUUAGUUCUCUGAUCAA